CAUGCGCGCCUUUUCGUAUGCCCUUUGUCAGUGCUCCUUCUCCGGAAAAAGUUUUCAGAACUAGUGUAUCAGUCAUGAUUAUUACAAUUAGCCUUAUUAGCCAGAGUGCUCAUUAUUUAGCUACCUACGAUUCUUCUCAAAGGACAUUGGUGAGAAAAAGAAAAUUUUCUUUAUUGUUCGUGACCAAUCGAAUAGAUGCAAUGGAGCACUCGAUAGCCGCACGCGAGAUCACCCAAAACAAGCUGCAGCGCAACUCUAAUUGUUUACAAAGAGCGCUGCGACCAAUAGUGACACCUACUCAUUGUGGUGGCUUCUGGCAUGACGAAAUUAAAUCUCAAUGAUUUUUUUUUAUUAUUUUAGACCCUUAAGGAUGUACGAGGUCUCUAGCCAUAUUCAGGUACAUGGUUCAUACCGGAUAUUUUUAAUUGGAUCGAUAAGUAUGCUUAAACUGGCCGUGCAUAUGCACAUUUUCCUUUAUCCCCGUUCUCAAAUUUCACAUAAAAC